CGAAACCGCGUCGAUAACCGCGCGUGUGCAAUCUGAGAGAGUGCAUUUGUAUAAUCUCAUACCUUCCAGUCUACAUCUCUGAACACCGGUGACUUGUGGUUAUACAGGAGUAAAAAGAAAAAUUAAUGAAGAUGGUUUUAAUCAACAUAUUUUUCCUAUCAACGAUUCUUGCAGCUUCAUCUGCACUGAACUGCACUAUGUGUGUUGGUAAUGGCACAAAAUGUACUGAUCAAGGUCAGAGCAGAAAAUGUCAAUCUGGUGAAGGUCUUUGUGGUAGAGUAUGGUUUAUGCAAAAUGGCGUCCAAAAAGUUGCGGAAAGAUGCGCUUUAAUGGAUCAUUGCGUUGGAACUAUUAACUGUUUGAAGCCAGGAUUCGAGUUAGGAAAGUUUUUUAAAGGUGCGACUAAUUGUGUUACAUCAUGCUGUGAUGGAGACAUCUGUGACCCGCCAGCUCCUCUGAAAUGCUACCAAUGUCAAGGAAAAGGAAAGACGUGUAAAACAAAUAGUAUCAGCUGUGGAUAUAAAGAAGAUCGGUGUCUGAGGAUCAACUACAAGAUCGGUGAAGAUCUGAUGACUGACGAGCGUUGUUACCAGUCUUCGCGUUGUUCAAAUUCUUCAGAGAUUUGUGAUUUAGUAAAGAAGAAUAACCAAACGGUUAAAGAGUGUCAAACGUCAUGUUGCGAUACAGAAAAUUGUAUCGCAAAGUUCAAACCUGCUUCGUCUGCACGGAACUGCACUAUGUGUGUUGGUAAUGGCACAAAAUGUACUGGACAAGGUCAGAGCAGAAAAUGUCAACCUGGUGAAGGUCUUUGUAGUAGAGUAUGGUUUAUGCAAAAUGGCGUCCAGAAAGUUGCGGAAAGAUGCGCUUUAAUGGAUCAUUGCACUGGAACUAUUGCCUGUUCGAAGCUAGGAUCCGAGUUUGGAAAGUAUUUUAAAGGUGCGACUAAUUGUAUUACUUCAUGCUGUGAAGAAGACAACUGUGACCCGCCAGCUCCUCAGAAAUGCUACCAAUGUCAAGGGAAAGGAAAGGCGUGUAAAACAAAUAGUAUCAGCUGUGGAUAUAAAGAAGAUCGGUGUCUGAGGAUCAACUACAAGGUCGGUGAAGAUCUGAUGACUGACGAGCGUUGUUACCAGUCUUCGCGUUGUUCAAAUUCUUCAGAGAUUUGUGAUUUAGUAAAGAAGAAUACCGAAACGAUUAAAGAGUGUCAAAUGUCAUGUUGCGAUACAGAAAAUUGUAACGCAAUUAUCAAACCUGGUAAUUCUUUUGGCGUGCAAAUUGCCAGCUUUCUUUUGAUUGCCUCUUCUUUAAUACUUGUUGAAAUACUCAAACUCUGAGACAAUGCAUGUUAAUUUGCUUUACUUAUUUUGCUCAUUUCUAUAAUAUCUACAGUUGCAUAAGGAACUGUUAACAGUCGCGCUUUUUUAGCUUAAUCACGGUUUGAUCAAAAUACAUGGAAUUAGUUGUUUCUUAGUAAACCAUA